GGAGGCGCCCGACGGCGGGCGCAGGCGCCGCAGCGCUUUUACCUCAGCGCCCUCGCUUCAGCGCCAUGGCCCGCGGGGGGCCGGCGGCGGUUGUGGGUGCAGUCGUUUGCCUUUGCUUCCUGGCCCCGGCGGCUGAGGGCUUCAAGAAGAGAGGACCCAGCGUCACAGCCAAGGUGUUCUUUGAUGUGAAGAUUGGAGACAAAGAUGUUGGCAGAAUUGUAAUUGGAUUGUUUGGAAAAGUUGUCCCAAAGACUGUGGAAAACUUCAUUGCACUGGCAACUGGAGAAAGAGGAUACGGAUACAAAGGAAGUAAAUUUCAUCGUGUGAUCAAAGACUUCAUGAUUCAAGGAGGAGACUUUACAGCUGGAGACGGAUCAGGAGGAAGAAGCAUCUAUGGAGAGAGGUUUCCAGAUGAGAACUUCAAGCUCAAACAUUAUGGAAUAGGAUGGGUUAGCAUGGCUAAUUCUGGCCCAGACACCAAUGGAUCUCAGUUCUUCAUCAGUGUGACAAAGCCUUCCUGGUUAGAUGGAAAACAUGUAGUAUUUGGCAAAGUCCUUGAUGGAAUGUCAGUGGUGCACUCGAUAGAACUCCAGCAGACAGAUGAACAUGACCGACCCCUUCAAGACUGUGUGAUUGUGAACAGUGGCAAAAUAACUGUUAAAGAACCUUUUGUAGUUGAAGUAGGUGACUGGUGAGGCCAGCAGUCAGCAUGGAAACUAAAAAUCACUUUUCCUUAAGGCCUGUUUUCAACCGGUCUCAACGACCCAUUGAAAUUGCAGUAUGUAUCGUUUGCCAAAUACCUAUAUGAUAUAACCAUUUCUUUAACAACUUGUUGGAACUAUCACGCCUUGAAAUUCAAGACAUCCCACUAAAUGCUAGAUCUUGCAGAAAGUCUUCACAAAAUAAAAUCCAGUACUUUGCUGUUCCAAGGUUUGAAAAUGCAGUAAUUUGGUUCUCGGUGGAAAAUUUUGCAGUAUUUGUUUCUGCCUUUUCAACUGAAAAGACUGUUUCCUGUAACACAUUCAGCAUUUUUAAAAAUGAAAAAAAAAAAAAAAAGAAAAGUAAAAUA